GCUUGGCCACGUCCCCGCUGCCACCUCGGCUGCGCCUCACCCAGGCGCUGGGACGUCAGGUGGCUGCCUGCCCCGAGCUGAGCCUGCACCUGUGAGACCGCCCUCCCCUCCCAACGCCAGGAUGGGUGAUGUGGCCAACAGCUCCAUCGAGUUCCACCCCAAAGCCCAGCAGCAGCGGGAAGCCCCCCAUGCAGGCGGCUUUGGGUGCACGCUGGCUGAGCUGCGCUCCCUCAUGGAGCUCCGAGGGGCCGAGGCGCUGCAGAAAGUCCAGGAAGCCUAUGGGGACGUGGGCGGGCUCUGCAGGAGGCUGAAGACCUCGCCCACCGAGGGCCUGGCCGACAACCCCAGUGACUUGGAGAAGCGCCGGCAGAUCUACGGGCAGAACUUCAUCCCGCCCAAGCAGCCCAAGACGUUCCUCCAGCUGGUGUGGGAGGCCCUGCAGGAUGUAACGCUCAUCAUCCUGGAGGUGGCCGCCAUCGUGUCCCUGGGCCUGUCGUUCUAUGCGCCACCGGGAGAGGAGAGCGAAGCGUGUGGAAACGUGUCUGCUGGGGCGGAAGACGAAGGCGAGGCCGAGGCGGGCUGGAUCGAGGGCGCCGCCAUCCUGCUGUCGGUCAUCUGCGUGGUGCUGGUCACGGCCUUCAACGACUGGAGCAAGGAGAAGCAGUUCCGGGGCCUGCAGAGCCGCAUCGAGCAGGAGCAGAAGUUCACCGUCAUCCGCAACGGGCAGCUGCUCCAGGUCCCCGUGGCCGCGCUGGUGGUAGGGGACAUCGCCCAGGUCAAAUACGGAGACCUGCUGCCUGCCGACGGCGUGCUUAUCCAGGGCAACGACCUCAAGAUCGACGAGAGCUCCCUGACAGGCGAGUCGGACCACGUGCGCAAGUCGGCGGACAAAGACCCCAUGCUGCUGUCAGGCACCCAUGUCAUGGAAGGUUCUGGAAGAAUGGUGGUGACAGCUGUUGGUGUGAACUCCCAGACGGGCAUCAUCUUUACCUUGCUCGGAGCUGGCGGAGAGGAGGAAGAGAAGAAAGAUAAGAAAGGCAAGCAGCAGGAUGGGGCCAUGGAGAGUAGCCAGACCAAAGCUAAGAAGCAGGAUGGGGCGGUCGCCAUGGAAAUGCAGCCCCUGAAGAGUGCGGAGGGCGGGGAGAUGGAGGAGCGGGAGAAGAAGAAAGCCAACGUGCCCAAGAAGGAGAAGUCGGUCCUCCAGGGCAAGCUCACCAAACUGGCCGUGCAGAUCGGGAAAGCAGGGCUGCUGAUGUCCGCCGUCACCGUCAUCAUCCUGGUCGUGUACUUUGUCAUCGAGACCUUCGUGGUGGACGGCCGGGCGUGGCUGGCCGAGUGCACGCCCGUCUACGUGCAGUACUUCGUCAAGUUCUUCAUCAUCGGUGUCACGGUGCUGGUCGUGGCUGUCCCAGAGGGCCUGCCUCUUGCCGUCACCAUCUCCUUAGCGUACUCUGUCAAGAAAAUGAUGAAGGACAACAACCUGGUCCGCCACCUGGACGCCUGCGAGACCAUGGGCAAUGCCACGGCCAUCUGCUCGGACAAGACGGGCACGCUCACCACCAACCGGAUGACCGUGGUCCAGUCCUACCUCGGGGACACCCACUACAAAGAGAUUCCGGCCCCCAGCGCCCUGACCCCCAAGAUCCUCGACCUCCUGGUCCAUGCCAUCUCCAUCAACAGUGCCUACACCACCAAAAUACUACCUCCAGAGAAGGAGGGCGCCCUCCCGCGCCAGGUGGGCAACAAGACGGAGUGCGCUCUGCUGGGCUUCGUCCUGGACCUGAAGCAGGACUUCCAGCCUGUGCGGGAGCAGAUCCCCGAGGACAAGCUUCACAAGGUGUACACCUUCAACUCGGUGCGCAAGUCCAUGAGCACGGUCAUCCGCACGCCCGACGGCGGCUUCCGCCUCUUCAGCAAGGGCGCCUCGGAGAUCCUGCUGAAAAAGUGCACCCACAUCUUAAACAGCAGCGGGGAACUGCGCGGCUUUCGGCCCCGAGACCGGGACGACGUGGUGAAGAAGGUCAUUGAGCCGAUGGCCUGCGACGGCCUCCGCACCAUCUGCAUCGCCUACCGGGACUUCGCCGCCACGCAGGAGCCUGACUGGGACAACGAGAACGAGGUCGUGGGCGACCUCACCUGCAUAGCUGUCGUGGGCAUCGAGGACCCUGUGCGACCCGAGGUCCCCGAAGCUAUCCGCAAGUGCCAGCGUGCUGGCAUUACGGUCCGCAUGGUGACCGGCGACAACAUCAACACAGCCCGGGCCAUCGCGGCCAAGUGCGGCAUCAUCCAGCCCGGAGAGGACUUCCUGUGCCUGGAAGGCAAGGAGUUCAACCGGCGGAUCCGCAACGAGAAAGGCGAGAUAGAGCAGGAGCGUCUGGACAAGGUGUGGCCCAAGCUGAGGGUCCUCGCCCGCUCGUCUCCGACCGACAAACACACUCUGGUGAAAGGAAUCAUCGACAGCACAAGUGGCGAGCAGCGGCAGGUGGUGGCCGUGACCGGCGACGGCACCAACGACGGGCCAGCCCUCAAGAAGGCAGAUGUGGGCUUCGCCAUGGGCAUCGCGGGAACCGACGUGGCCAAGGAGGCCUCGGACAUCAUCCUGACGGACGACAACUUCACCAGCAUCGUCAAGGCCGUCAUGUGGGGCCGCAACGUCUACGACAGCAUCUCCAAGUUCCUGCAGUUCCAGCUGACGGUCAACGUGGUGGCCGUGAUCGUGGCCUUCACGGGCGCCUGCAUUACUCAGGACUCUCCUCUCAAGGCCGUGCAGAUGUUGUGGGUGAACUUGAUCAUGGACACCUUCGCCUCCCUGGCCCUGGCUACGGAGCCACCCACCGAGUCGCUGCUGCUGCGGAAGCCGUACGGCCGGGACAAGCCCCUGAUCUCACGCACCAUGAUGAAGAACAUCCUGGGCCACGCCGUCUACCAGCUCGCCAUCAUCUUCACCCUGCUCUUUGUCGGGGACCUUUUCUUCGACAUCGACAGCGGGAGGAACGCGCCCCUGCACGCGCCGCCGUCCGAGCACUACACCAUCAUCUUCAACACCUUCGUCAUGAUGCAGCUCUUCAACGAGAUCAACGCGCGCAAGAUCCACGGCGAGCGCAACGUCUUCCACGGCAUCUUCAGCAACCCCAUCUUCUGCACCAUCGUGCUGGGCACCUUCGCCAUCCAGAUCGUCAUCGUCCAGUUCGGCGGAAAGCCCUUCAGCUGCUCCCCCCUUUCGACGGAGCAGUGGCUCUGGUGCCUGUUUGUUGGCGUUGGGGAGCUGGUGUGGGGACAGGUCAUCGCCACCAUCCCCACCAGCCAGCUCAAGUGCCUGAAGGAAGCAGGACACGGGCCCGGGAAGGAUGAGAUGACCGACGAGGAGCUGGCUGAGGGCGAGGAGGAGAUCGACCACGCCGAGCGGGAACUCCGCAGAGGCCAGAUCCUCUGGUUCCGGGGCCUCAACCGGAUCCAGACGCAGAUGGAGGUAGUGAGUACCUUCAAGAGAAGCGGUUCAUUUCAGGGUGCUGUGCGCCGGCGGUCCUCGGUCCUCAGCCAGCUCCAUGACGUAACCAAUCUUUCUAGCCCUACUCACAUCCGGGUGGUGAAAGCCUUCCGUAGCUCCCUCUACGAAGGCCUGGAGAAACCAGAAUCCAAGACCUCCAUCCAUAACUUCAUGGCAACGCCCGAGUUUCUGAUCAACGACUAUACCCACAACAUCCCGCUCAUCGACGACACGGACGUGGACGAGAACGAGGAGCGCCUGCGGGCCCCCCCGCCCCCCUCCCCCAACCAGAACAACAACGCCAUCGACAGCGGCAUCUACCUGACCAUGCACGGCACCAAGUCAGCUACCUCGUCGGUGUUCUCUUCCAGACCCGGGAGCCCGCUCCACAGCGUGGAGACGUCCCUCUAAGCAGAACUGCUCUCGGCACGCGCACCCCGCACACACGCGCACCCGGGCGGACGCGCCGGCCCGCGAGGAGGGCCGCCAGGCGGCUGGAGAGGCUCGUGGGCACUUGCAGGAAGCCACUGCAUUGGAGGCUUCUUAGCCAGCAGCAGGAGGAGGAGGAGGAGGGAGAGACCAGAGUUGUGUUCCCCCCUUUUUCUAUCGAAGCCUUUUCUAAUGGACACUGUAAUCCCGCCAGAUGUUCACUGUGGGGGCUGCGCAGUGGGGCUGGGGGCUGCUUUCAGUUUAGUGGGGGCUUCGUGGCACCUGCUGCAGAGCAGCAGGAUCAAGGGAUUCACACGAAGAGAGAAAAGGCCAGCACCGCUCAGCAGCACCCAAGAGCCCGUCGGCGAGCGGGACUGCACCGCCCGCACCCCCCCCACCCCCGCAGGACACACCUGCAGUCGGUCUGUGUGCGCGCGUGCGCAGCUACAUGUGUGCGCCCAGAGACGUGGCUGUGCGUAUAGGACCAGAUGCAUAUCUCAAGAAUAAGGAACUACUUAUCGGCAUGAUAUUUCCAUUCCUCCUAUCGGGUGUUUUCAUUUGAAAUUUCAUUAUUUAUUGUGGCAGGGUGUUUUGUUGAUUUUUUCACGGAACUAGACUGAGAGAAUAUCCUUCUGGUUGCUCGGGACCCCCCGCCCCCCGCCGCUGCUCCCUCUCCCCCACUCCCCUCCAUCCUCCCAGCAGAGUUUCUGAUGGAGGGGAACGUGGGGGAGGGACGCGCGAGGCUGGAGCAGUUACAGUCGGAACAUUGGAACAUUUGCACGUUGAGACCUCUGCCUAUAGAGGAAAAAAAAAACAACCCUUGAUGGAAUUUUUAUUUAAAAGGAAAAUACCAAAGUCUUGAUGAGAAUGAUCCCCUCCAGCAGGUGGAAGGCGGAGUUUUGCUUUCAGUUUCCUUUGGUUCCGGCUCUAAUUCCAAGUCUUAUGUUCUGGCCAGUAGGCUUCCUCGGUGGCCAUGGAUUUGUGUCUGCCGCCACCGACAGAGACCUCGGGGAAGCAGAUGCAGAAAGCAAAGCCCCUGGGAGCGACGGUACCUCGUCUCCGUUGCUCUAGCGGCAGGGGCGGAAGGCUGAGGAGGUCAGCUCUGCCACGUGAGCUGAGCACCUGGUCUGCAAGUGGGGAGAGCUGGGCCUGGGCUCCCCAGAUGCCUCCUUCGGGAGCCUCUCCUUACAGAGUGGGCAUCCAGCGUGCCAAGCCUCAGCCGUCCUCGAAUGCAUGGUAGCCAGGGAGGGAAAUGCAGAAAAAGCAGAAGUCCUUUUGCCUUCUGAAUACUCCUGUCCCACGUUUUGCAAGGAGGAGGUUGGGGUCCACCAUGCCUGUCGCCUGUCGCUGGGGUGCUGGGGUCCAGGGCUGAGCUGCUGGGGGACAGCUGGGAGCCGAGGGAAAGCACAGGUGCUGAGGCGCAUGCUCAGCAGCUGCGCAGCAGCUGCACUGGUGGCCAGGCUGGUUCGCCCCUCCCGUCCCCGUCCUGCAGCCACGGGUGGCGGGCUUGCCUCCCCUCCACCGGAGCCUCCACGAGUCCAGGCCAGGCGGCAUCCCCACUGUUAGCAUUCACGCCAUGUGUCGCCCCUGAGCAGGAGUCGUCCAACCUCGGGCAAAGGCCUUUCGGUUAGAAUAGCAAAUCCCACUUCAAAUGCCAGCUACAGAUAACUUAAAGCCAUCCCUUUUAUCCAAAGGGCACGUCGAGAAUGUUACCCAUUUGUAAAUUGUUCCCUAAUGUCCUUGUUUAAACAACAACAAACAGGGCAACUCAAUUCGUCGAGGGUCUGUGAGGUCUUAAGCAAGACCUCAGAUUGGAGAUGUUGGAAUCGAAGAAGAUAAGCCGCGUAACGCUGCGCUCACGGGCUUCUUUCCAUCUUCUGUUGUAGACACAUUGGUAGAACAAGGGGUCGACAUAUAUUACAAAGCCUCACUGCUGCUGUACCAAGUCGCUCCUGUACACGGCGGCUGUCUAGUCCCUAGGUUGCCUUUCCACGGGCUGUGGUCGUUUGUGUGCAGUCUUCAGGCCGGGCGGGGGGCGGGGGGGUCCUGGCUCCUCAGGAAGCCCCCCUCUCUCUAAAGCACUCUCUUCUACGGAAUGGCUUGGUCAACUGUGUUCAGUUAUUAAAUCUGUUUUACAUUUUUAUCUGCCUGUUAUAAAGAUGAACAAGAGUAUCUUAAUGAGGAAGACCACAGAUGCAUAUACUAAUUUAAAGUCUGUAGUUGAAUUUCCUAAUUUAAAGAAUAGACCAAAAUUUCUGUGUAUUAAAAAAAAAAAAAAACGAAAGGCUCCUGCACCCCGGCGUCUGGGUGGUGAGGUGUGUCAUGU